AUGGCCGACAGAUAUUCCUUCUCCUUAACAACAUUUUCUCCCAAUGGUAAAUUAGGUCAAAUUGACUAUGCUUUAACUGCAGUUAAACAAGGUGUAACCGCCUUAGGGAUCAAAGCGACUAACGGUGUCGUCUUAGCUACAGAAAAGAAAAGUGGUUCAUCACUAGCAUUAGCAGAAUCGUUAGACAAAAUUUCCCUAUUGACUCCAAAUAUAGGAACCGUUUAUGCAGGAAUGGGUCCAGAUUGCCGCGUUUUAGUCGACAAGGCAAGAAAGGCUGCUCAUACAAAUUAUAAAAGAGUUUAUGGUGAAUAUCCACCAACAAGACAACUGGUAGCCGAUGUAGCUGCUAUAAUGCAAGAAGCUACUCAAUCAGGUGGUGUAAGGCCGUUCGGUGUCUCUUUAUUAGUAGCAGGUCAUGAUAAUGCUAAUGAAAACGAUAGUAAUAGUGGGUUUGCCUUAUAUCAAGUCGAUCCCUCUGGUGCUUAUUUCCCUUGGAAAGCUACUGCUGUUGGUAGAGGUGCUGUAGCAGCAAAGACUUUCCUAGAAAAACGUUGGCAUGAUGAGCUAGAGCUAGAAGAUGCAGUACAUAUCGCUCUUCUUGCUCUAAGAGAAGCAGUAGAGGGAGAAUUUAACGGUGAUACUUUAGAAAUUGCUGUAGUUGGUGAACCAAAUAAUGAUAUGUUGGGUUUCACAGGGGUUGAAGGUCAAUUAGGUCCACGUUUCAGAAAAUUGACCCCACAAGAAAUUAACGAUAGAUUAGCUGCCUUAUGA